AUGGCACGAGCACUCACCCGCGACCAGAUGCCUGGUCGAGACUCAAACCCGCUCGAUGACACAGGCCUGUGUCUCCUGUCGCUGGAUGGUGGCGGCGUCCGCGGUUUAUCGACCCUCUACAUCCUCCAGAGCCUCAUGAGGCGGUUGAAUCAUGAACGUCAGAAGUUGGGAGCUCCAGCGCUCAAGCCGUGUGAGCUGUUCGACCUCAUCGGGGGAACCAGCACGGGAGGCCUGAUUGCCAUCAUGUUGGGUCGAUUGGAGAUGGAUGUGGAUGCGUGCAUCACGGCGUACACCGGACUCAUAAAGGAGGUGUUUGAAGAGCGGGCGCAUCGGGGCCCCAUCAACUGGAGAGGCCGAAUUCAGGCACAGUUCGACAGCACCAAGCUGGAGGGUGCCGUUGAAAAGGUGAUCAUCGACCAAGGUUACUCCCCGACGGAACCAUUCAACGACGGGAAAGCUCGCGGGUGUAAAGUUUUUGUGUGCUCUGCCGCGAAGGAGUUGUACGGCAUCACACGCCUACGAAGUUACGACCUUCCCAAGAAGCCUAAUGUAUCUGCCACUAUCUGCGAAGCCGCUCUGGCCACCUCGGCCGCCACGGGGUUCUUCGAUCCUGUCUCGAUCGGAGCGCGACACUUUGAAGACGGUGCGUUGGGAGCGAACAAUCCCGUAGAAGAGGUGGAAGCGGAAGCGUCAGAUAUCUGGUGUCCUGGUACCGCCAAGUUGCAGCCACUCGUAAAGUGCUUCAUCUCAAUCGGGACAGGAAACCCGGGGAGAAAGGCGAUUGAAGACAAAUUGCUCAAGUUCUUGUCGAAGACGCUUGUCCAGAUCGCAACGGAGACCGAAGAGACGGCCAAAAGGUUCUUGGGCCGGUGGCGAGAAGAAUACGACGACAAGCGAUACUUCCGUCUGAAUGGAACGAUCGAAAUAGCAACUCACCAUUACCUUGACGAUCAGCAGCAGAUAUUCCGGGUGCGAGACUGUGUGGAGAACCUGAAGCAGAAGCAGAGGAAGAGCGAUACUAUGCUGGCGAAACGCAUCCAAGUAUAUAACCACAGCCAGAACCGCAAUAACUUGCAUCGUUCCUCCCUUCCCUCCCACUAUAUCCCCCUUCCCAAGAACAAACGCUUCGUGGGACGGGAAAGUGUUGUAGAUGGCCUCCGCCAGCAGCUGUUCUCAUCGGCUGAAGUCCAAACCGUCGCUCUGGUGGGUUUGGGCGGCGUGGGAAAAACACAGGUCGUUCUUCAAAUUGCACAUUGGACGAGAGAGAACAAACCCGACUAUUCGGUCUUCUGGGUACCGGCCAUCAACGGGGCGUCGUUUGAUCAGGCCUACGCGGAGAUCUUCAAGAGGCUGGCCAUUCGCAAGACUUCGGAAGAUGAGGAGGUCCGAGAAUCAGUGCGACGGUAUCUUUAA